GGGAAGUUAUCCCCUCUCCAUCUAUACGUUUCCAAUACAACAUUAAUAACUGCAAACAUCACUAUUUGGCGAUCAGUAUUGCAUCAGUCGCUCGUUUGAACAGUUUUUUGACAUCGCUCUUGAAAUACAUACAAUGGCAAACUAUUACGUUCCAACCGAGGCGCGUGAAAAAGCGUCUUCGAAUAUACGAUAUACGCCACGUAUACUGGGCAGAAGGUUUGCGCUAACAUCAACUUCCUACAAAUGGAUUGAUGUAGCGAUCAACGUGGGAUCUGUUUCCUGCUCCGUGGAGAUAUCGCUCGGCGAUACACGCGGCAACCGGAUUGUCCUACCAUACAGAACGUGGAGAGCUCUGUUAGAUAAACGUGCGGAUUUCGAGCGAUUCGUCCAGUCAACCGAAGCACCAUCGUUACCGAUUCAUGACCUUACCGUGCAACUCGUGAAAUUGCGUGAUGAAAGUAUUGUUAAGUUAUCUGUACUCGAUGCAUGUAUUUACCUCAAGCCUACAACCAUGCUCUUCAUGUUUGAACUAGAGCACUGUGUGGAGCAUGUAUAUUAUACGCUGCAUCAGAGCAUUGCAACUGCGACUGAGAAAUUUAAAUAUUUUGUAACGUUUUUGCGUCAAAACUUUGCCAUGAACAAACCAGACGCGACAGAAUUAUUGCGCAAAUCUUACGAUAAGAGUUCGCAAAUUGAGUGUGAAUUAAUAGCCUACGCUAUUGAUACUAUUAUAUACGACGCAUUAACUACUUAAUAGAAUGAUUGUACACAUUGUAUUACAUACUCAAUAAAAAAUGUGAAAUGUA